AUGACUUCUUUUCCUUCGUGUUUGCAGCGUGACGGCCGAGUGAUGGUGGAUGUCGGUGGGACGAAUGUGUAUGCUUUUCAAAUGCGGUCGAACGAUGGACACUAUCACGUGCUGAAUGUGGAGCGUAAGGGAGACACGAUGAUUGUCACACAAGAUUCGGAAGUGAUCCGUGUCCAUCUGCCUGAUCUUGUAAGUCCUGCAGACAGAAGUAUUGUGUACACUCAUCUUCACGUUGCGGCCGAUGAGAAGAAGUCUGACAUAUUUCGGGGAGUCAUUGGAGGUGAGUUGGUCGAAUCAGUGUCUGGUCUGCCAUGA